GCACGCAAAUCCAAACCGAUUGGACUGUAAUUGAUAACCCUUUCUCUUCUUCAAUACGCUGAUAUUGAUUUGGCCUCCUUUGUACGCGUCUCCUUCCCUCAGCUUCCUUCUUCCAUUUCUCUGGUUCAACCACGUUCAAUACUUUCAUUCCCUUUCAUUUUUCUCUGUUUAUAUAGCAAAAACAACAUUCCCCAAAACAAACCAGAAUAAAUUCCCCUUGUUUUCCCCUUAAAGUUUUGGUUUUUAACUUGGAUACCAUAGAAAAAAAAAGCUUUCCCUUUUUGGUCUCUGUUUUGGGUUUCAGUGAAUAAGAGAUGAUGCACCAUCACCGGCACCAUUACGGGAAGAAGGGUGGAGGGGAUAUCGAGAAGGAUGAAGAAGCACAGAGUUUUAUUUUGGUGUGGGAAAACUCUGGAUACUGCAGGAAGAAAAGGACUAAACUUGUGUCUUUCCUUUUGCUCUCUCUUAUGUGUUGCAGCUUAAUCCUUGUAGCUCUCCCCUUUACCCCUUCCUUCUCCUGGUUUCGUCUUUAUUCAUUUGGUGUCCAAAAUGAAGGCCUUUAUGUAAAUGCUUCUCUUUGUUCUUCAGUCUCCAAUGGGACAAUUUGCUGUGACAGGAGUCAUUAUCGUUCUGAUGUUUGUAUAAUGAAGGGUGAUAUUAGAACACAUUCUGCCUCCUCUGCUAUAUUCUUGUAUAGAUCAGAAGACAGCAAUGGAUUCAUUAGUUAUGUUCCACACCCUGGUGAAGAUGAUGGGGAAUAUAGAGAACUUCAACAUGAGAAGAUCAAACCGUAUACCCGAAAAUGGGAAACAAGUGUGAUGGAUACAAUUGAUGAAUUAAACCUCAUAUUGAAGAGAGAAAAUUUGGGUAUUGGCCACCGCUGUGAUGUUAUUCAUGAUGUUCCAGCAAUAGUUUUCUCAACGGGAGGCUAUACUGGGAACCUUUAUCAUGAAUUUAAUGAUGGGAUUUUGCCAUUGUACAUCACUUCCCAGCAUUUGAACAAGAAGGUUGUGUUUGUGAUGCUUGAAUAUCAUGAUUGGUGGAUUAUGAAGUAUGGGGAUAUCCUGUCACAUCUGUCAGAAUACCCGGCUAUAGAUUUUACAGGAGACAAUAGAACUCAUUGCUUCCCGGAGGCAAUUGUUGGUCUGAGGAUACAUGAUGAGCUCACUGUGGACUCUUCACUUAUGAAUGGGAAUAGGAGCAUUGUUGAUUUUAGAAACCUUCUAGACAGAGCUUACUGGCCUAGAAUUAGAGGUCUGAUUCAGGAUGAGGAGCAAGAUGAGAAGGAAAAGCUCUCGCAGUCCCCAUCAUCUGAAUCCUCAUUAGAGACUAGGGAAAAGGUGCUAGGAGAUCAACCGAGGAAACCCAAACUAGUUAUCUUGUCUCGAAAUGGUUCUAGAGCAAUAACAAACGAGAAUUUGUUGGUGGAAGCAGCAGAGAAAAUUGGUUUCCAGGUUCAAGUUUUGAGGCCUGAAAGAACAACAGAACUGGCUAAGUUUUACCGGGCCCUUAAUUCAAGUGAUGCCAUGGUUGGUGUCCAUGGUGCUGCAAUGACACAUUUUCUAUUUAUGAGACCUGGAUCUGUGUUUAUCCAAGUUAUUCCCCUUGGAACAGAUUGGGCAGCAGAGACAUAUUAUGGAGGGCCUGCAAGGAAGCUUGGUUUGAAGUAUAUCGGCUACAAGAUUCUUCCUCGAGAGAGCUCUUUGUAUGACAUCUAUGAGAAAAAUGAUCCUGUUCUCAGAAAUCCAAGUAGUGUGACUGAAAGGGGAUGGCAAUAUACAAAGGAGAUUUAUCUUGGGAGUCAGACUGUGAGAUUAGACCUUAGAAGAUUUCAGAAGCACCUCGAUCGAGCUUAUGACCACUCCAUUAAAAUCAACAAACGCUUUCGACAUCAAUCUCAGUAAUUUUUCAGUUGAGUCAUUUUUCACUCGUUAUCAUACAUCAUCUUGGCUGCUACACAUUAGUUAGGACAACAACAGAACUGUAAGCUUUACUUGUAAAGUGUAGUAAUCAUCUUAUCCUUCCUCGUUUUGUACAGAUAGCAGCAAGAAAGAAAUAAAACUUGAUCUUGGUA